AUGGACGACUUCGUGGAGAGCUACGCGACCAAGAAGGAAGCAACACGAGCAGUACACGAAGUAACCUACGUACACGAGCAAGCCGGGUUCAUACUAGCCGGCUGGAACUCGAGUAGUGAAGACGUAAUACGAGACAUACCCCCGGACCGCCGCGCGCAGCUACCUAAGGAAAUGGGAACCGCUGGUCAUCAAGGCAAGACUCUAGGUCUAAUAUGGGAGGCCACUAAAGAUGAACUAAUGUUCAACACCGCGCUGCCUAGGGUACCGGAGGAGGUCAAGACGUCAGCACGCCCGCCGACUAAGCGCGAAGCCCUCAGCGCUGUCAUGUCGAUCUUCGACCCACUUGGACUGCUAAGCCAUCUCACCAUAACGGCUAAAAUCCUACUGCAAGACUUAUGGAGACAACAGAGGAUAGGAUGGGAUGACCAAGUGCCGGAAGAAGCCGCCGAGGACUUCACUAAAUGGAUACGAGCGGUCGACAGCGUGCGAGAAGUUAAACUGCCCCGUUGCUAUGCGCCAACGAGGGGAGUACUGGAACGUCAGCUACACGUAUUUAACGACGCGAGCGACAGAGCGUACGCCACGGUAGCGUACUGGCGAAUCAAGUACGAAAACGGAGAGGUCAUCAUCACGCUCGCCGGCGCAAAGGCUAAGGUAGCACCGGUGAAGGCACAGAGCAUACCGCGACUGGAACUGCAAGCCAGCCUCAUAGGCGCACGAUUCGCCCACAGUAUACAAGAAGAACAUAGACAGAAGGCUGACAGGAUCGUGCUCUGGUCAGACUCGAAGACCGCUCUCCACUGGAUUCGCAACGACAUCAUCAAGUACACGCCGUACGUAGCUCACCGCGUAGGCGAGAUCGCUAACCUCACGCACAUCGAACAAUGGAGAUGGAUACCGAGCGAGUUAAAUGUAGCCGACGACGCCACACGACCUAACUACGAGGUGCGAGCCGACCAAAGAUGGUUCAUUGGCCCGGCGUUCCUCCGGGAAGAAGAAGAAAGGUGGCCAUCGGAACGCACCGAAGAGGAAAAUGACAACGGACAAGACGAGAUAGUCUGCGCCACGGACAACAGCGAGGGGCCGGCCUACCUACCUGACAUAAGUCGGUUCUCCUCUUACGAGAGACUCGUACGUGCGACAGCCUACGUCUUACUAGCCGUCGAUAAAAUGAAGAAACGAACGCGAACACUGAAACUCGCCCAUAUCACAAAGGCAGAAGAGCUAUGGUAUAAGAAAAUGCAAGAGGACUCGUACUCCGACGAAAUAGAACGACUGAAAAAGGACUUGAAGUUACGUCCGAACAGCGCGCUGCGUAAGCUCGACCCACGGAUAGACGACAGAGGCUUACUUACACUACACGGUCGCGUGGGCGUGGCGAGAAUAAGCGAGCAGUCAAAAAGUCCGCUAAUAAUGGACGGCCGCCACGCUUUCACCCGGCUACUCGUCGCGCACGCACACAAGGCGGCGAACCACGCCAACCGAGAGCAAGUUGUCAACGACCUGAAACAGAAGUUCUAUAUCACACGUAUACGACCUACAGUACGAGCCGUGGAGCAUUCAUGUCAACUCUGCAAAGUGAAGAAAGCCAGACCGAGACCGCAAGUUCACGGAGACCUGCCCUACGAAAGACUCGCAGCGCACGCGAGGCCAUUUAGCUACACGGGCCUCGACUUUUUCGGCCCUAUGUACGUGACGGUCGGGCGACAUAAGGAAAAGCGCUGGGGCGCCCUGUUUACGUGUCUCACUACGCGAGCGGUCCAUAUAGAGAUCUCACCGUCGCUAUCUACGGAUUCUGUUAUUAUGUGCCUACGGCGGAUGGCGGCGCGGCGGGGGUGGCCAGUAACAAUCUACAGCGAUAAUGGGACGAACUUUCAUGGCGCGGACGAAGAGCUGCGAGCAGCGCAGCGAGAAUGGGGUCCACAACUCAAGGACUUCGCUCUACUACAACGAACGAACUGGAAAUACAUCGCACCCGGGGCACCGAAUCAAGGUGGAGCAUGGGAGCGGCUAAUACGCUUGGUUAAGACAGCGUUAGUCGCCACACUACACGAGCGCUACCCCAGGGACGAAGUACUCGCCACAUUACUUACGGAGGCAGAGUACACUGUCAACGCACGCCCUCUCACUCACGUGCCUGUUGAGCCAGGAGACAUGGAGGCGCUAACACCGAAUCACUUCCUACUGGGGACCUCCGGCGGCCUACCGACUACCGGGCCGUGCAGGGAGGUAGACAGGAGGACCUGGAGAGCCACGCAGGCGCUGGCUGACGUGUUUUGGCGUCGAUGGCUAACGGAGUACCUACCUACACACAUACCACGUGGAGGCACACGGAGCGGGCGCGGAGCGGACCUGAAAGUUGGUGACGUCGUGAUUAUCACUGAUCCAGUACUGCCGAGGAACAUCUGGCCACGAGGUGAAGUAAUCAGACUGCAUCAAGGACCCGACGGACUGACCAGAGUCGCUGACAUACGAACAAGAGGAGGGAUAUUCCGCCGACCUCUACGACGUCUCGCCGUCCUCCCGGUGAAAGAGGGCUGCGAAGAUCUACGCCGAGGGGAGGAUGUUACGGACAGCCGAGAAGAGGAGGUCGCGGGCUAA